ACCUGCUGCUUCCCAGACAUCUCCAUGACAACCAUGGCCUUGGAGAAGCCUGAUGGAGGCCUGGGCAGCUGCCAGGCGGUGACACCCAGGCUGGCCGACUCCAGCAGCUGGGCCCACGAUUCUCAGGAGCCAGAGGCUGAGGGUAGCCCUGCGGGUAAAGUGGAUGCCAGGCCCAAGAAGACAGAAAAGGAGUCUGUGGCCAAAGUGGCCCCAGGACCCAGCAAGGAGAGGCUGAAAGCAGGAGCAACCCCCAGGAGCCCCCUACCCUGGGGAGACUUGUCGCUCAACAAGUGCCUGGUGCUCGCCUCGCUGGUGGCGCUGCUGGGCUCAGCCUUCCAGCUGUGUCGCGACGUCGUGGUUGGAGUGGCGGACGCCCCUGCACCUGUCCCUGAGCCAUGGGUCCCUCCAAGCUCUGCGCCAAAGAAGCCGGCGUCGCCCUCGCUGAAGCCCGAGGCCUGGACUCCCCCAGCGGGACCCGCUGCGCCCCAGGUGCAGGCAGAGGAGAAGACAGAGGUUCCCAGGAGUGCGGAGGCUGCAGAAAAGGAGGAAGGGGACCCUGAGGAGGCCGCUGGGGAGGAUCGCGCGCCCCUCGCCCACGAGGGGCCCAAGGAGAGGCUGCAGAAGGAGAGGCCGCGGAAGGAGAGGCCGCGGAAGGAGAGACCGCGGACUGAAGAGAGACCAUGGAAGCCGGAGAAGCCACGGCCCGCCAGGGAGCCCCGGGAAUCCCUACCCCAGCGCUGGAAGGCACGAGAAGAAGGCCAUCGACCGUGGGUGCGGGACUCCAGAGACCCUAAGCACAGGAAGAGGCAGGCCUGGGCCUCUCCGCGACGCCCCAACGCAGAGGACUGGCCUCCGGGCCGCCAGAAGCACCGCGCCGGGAAGGGGCGAGACUGAGCCGGGCCUGGGUCCCGCACCGGAAUCCCGGGACCUCUUCCGAGUAGCCCCUGGUUCUAGCGAAAUAAAGCGAGUGCUGUGGCCCCCACGUC